AUGGUGCUUGAUAUUAAGACCUUUCGGCAGUGCUUCUGUUUUGACUCCAAAUCACAUGCUUCAAAAAAUAUGUGGGCAAAAACCAUUGCACUUCUGCUUGUCGUGUCUUUUGGACAUGCCAGCGUACUGAAUUGGCCUGCAAAGGUUGGCAGUCGGGUAGAGCUCGAUGUGGCAGAUGAUAUAUAUGGGCGCAAAAUCGUCAACUGGGAACGUACAAAAGACGAUGACAAUAUAGAAAAAAUCAAAUAUUGUGGCUCAAACAAGAAGGAGCCAAUUUGCACUCAAUUUGUUACCAAGGACAAUAAGCCAAGCAAACCUAUCACAAGAGCCCACGUGACAAAAGACGGUAAACUUGUUAUCGAAUCGGUGCAGAAGAGCGAUGAGGCUAUAUACCACUCACCUGAUCAAAAACCUGUGAAGGGACUGGCUCCUCCAUGGAUCAAACUAAUUGUGCAGUAGUGAACAGUGUACUGCU